AGGGCUUCUUCAUUGGGCCCUGAAUUUCGGAAGAAAGAGCAGGGCUUACAUCGCAAUUUAUUUGCGAUGUUGGGUAGAAUCGAUAUGGGGAUUUUCUAUCGGAGGCGAGUUUGCAGGAUUCUACAAGAUAACAUGCACGGUCAAUAAAAUGAAUUAGGCACUUCUUUGUCUACCACAAGACCUUACAAAGUUUGCCAUCCCAAAACUCCAUCGACCACAAGAUCAUUUCAAAUUGUACUUGUUGUAGAUCUUCGUCUAUCAUGAACAUUUCAGGGCAUCAUGAACAACAUAACAAUUAUGAUACAGGUGAAACAGGGCAAGAAACAGAGCUCAAUGGAUUCAAGUCAGACAAUGGCUGCUCGAAGCGACAAGAUAAAUCUAAGAUAUCAAAUAGGUACCAACAAUCAGAAAUGUCACUACCCACCUAUCUCAGGUUUGGUAAAUUUCUAAAAGAACGUAGCACUCAAAUCUUUAAAGGAUGGGCAAAGGCUUCACCUUAUAGAGAAUUGAAACAGUUGGUGAAGAAGAUGAGACCAUCUGGAUCUGAGUUCACACUCAAGGAAUUGCAGCGCGCAACAAAUGGGUUUGGAGAAAAAAUCGGCAAAGGGGGUUUUGGCACAGUUUACUUGGGAACUUUCUCUGAUGGAAGAAAAGUUGCAGUAAAGGUCUUCAACGAAGAUGAAAUUAGACGCCAGGAAUAUUGGAUGAAUGAAUUGGUAAUUGUAACAAAGUUACACCAUCCAAGCAUCUUGAAUUUUCUGGGAUAUUGCUUUGAAGAUAAUUUGAUGUUGGUUUAUGAAUAUAUGGAGGGAGGAAAUCUGUCAGAUCUACUUUUUGCAGGCCCAGAAAUUAAACAGAUUAUUGACUGGCCAACAAGGAUGAAGAUUAUAUUAGACAUAAUAAGAGGAAUCCGGUAUCUUCACGAGGGCACCAACGAGUGUAUGGUGCACAGAGAUAUCAAACCAUCAAACAUUCUUCUGGACAAGGAUUUUAAUGCCAAGAUUUCAGAUUUUGGCAUUUCUAGAAUACUUCCAGAUGACACCCAGAGCGCCCCUUUGGAGACUUGUACAGAUGGUGGAGUAUCUCCUACCCACUUAGCCAAUUUAUCUACCCAUGUAACAACGAAUACUUCUGGAACAAUGGGUUAUAUAGAUCCUGAGUGUUUUGAAACUUGUCGUGUGACAAUUAAAUCAGACAUUUACAGCUUUGGAAUGCUGUUGUUAAACAUAGUAUCUGGGAAAAAGUUAAUACAACAGAAAGAUGAGGGCAUGCACAUUCUCUCUGACCAUGCGUGGAGGUUACAUAAAGAGGAUCGCCUUAUUGAGUUAAUAAACCCUCAAUUACUCGGCACUGAGGGUUUGAAUCCAACCAGAAUAUUAAGAACAAUCACAGUAGCCCUUUGGUGCAUUCAAAGAGAAUCCAAGAUACGCCCAUCGACAUCACAAGUAUUUGAUAUGCUUUCAACAGAGGAGGAGAUUCCUACCCCUCCACUUCCAUAGCAUUUUUAUUGUUCAGAUAGGGGUUACAUUUAUUCAAUCAUGACAAGUUUAUAAUGUAUUUAAGAUGAUUGUUCAUCAAUUGUAUUGGAAAAUUGUGAUCA